GGCCACCUCCCCUCCUCCUCCUGCACUCACUCUUUCUUUCACUCACUCACUGGCUCUAUCUAUCUGCGUUCUCUUCCCCAUUCCUCCUCCUCCUCCUCCCCUAUUCUUAUUCUUAUUACUAUUAUCAUCAUCAUCAUCCCUGCUUUUGCUGCUGCUCCUGCAUUUCUUCGUGCCCUCCCUCCUUCCGACCCUCCUUCCUUGUUUUUGGUGCUGCUGCUGUUGUGGCGGUGGCGGUGACGGGAUUUGCUUCAAAAUUAUCAACACCUCCCCACCACCAUCAUGGCUCCUUCUCCACGUCCCCCGGUUUUUUCCCUUCCUUCCAAACUUCCCCGCCCCCGCUUUUCCGGGAUCCUCUUUAUCUCUCACACUCUCUCUGAAUGGCUUUGGAUCUUACACUGACGCCUCUUCUCUUUCAUGUGCAUCUUUCACAAGAUUCGCUGAGUCUGUCGCUGCUUUGAGACGUUGUCAUUCCGGGUGGACGGCCUCAUAUUGUGAGCUGCUUCAUCCCCAUCGGUUUCAUUUCCAUUCCUUUUCCUUAAUUCUUUCCAGCCGCAAUUUUUCUGCUCGAAAGGAAUUGAGUAGAGAGCUCUUUUUUCUUACACUUUCUCAGUUUGGCUCGUUGCACUGAAUUACAAGCGUUUGCAAAGUAGCCAUCAUGUGCGUCUUCUUCGACUGCAUUUUAGUUCUUGCUUCUAUCCGCUGUAAGCUUACACGAUACUGGCAUGAUUUCUAUCCAAAUAUAUUUUUUUCAGUAGUUUGCCCUCUUGAAGGGAUCAUUUAAUGACUAAUAAGAUCUAGAAUACCUAUUGCAACAAUUUUAGAUUCCCGUCGUGUCCUUUCAAUUGCUUACAGUAUUUUGAGCUUCACUGGUUUUGGUAUGCAUUUGCUACUUAAUUUGUUGUAGAAAGUAGAAUUUAAUUGAACGCAUUAUCAACUUAUAAAUCUUGCUCUGGCUGUUUGGACGUUACAAACGCGUGCCGAGUUUCCUAGUUUCCUAGUUAAAUUCUCAUCUUAACUUAUCGCAAGCGGUGUCAGCAUCUGAAGGGUUGCCUAGAAGGGGAAGGAGGUGCUAUUCACUUGGUUUUAUUAGGAUUAUGUACAUGUAGUUUUUCCAUUGACCGCAACGAGGCAGUGAGAUCACCGGGUAGCCCUUAAAUUGGACACAAUGAUCAACCUGUGUAUUUGACAGGCGAUCAUCUAUAUACGGGGUUUUAUAAUCCCUACCACCUUUCAGGUCCAAGUCUCCUUGAAUGAUUGUGCUGGCCUGGUUAUUUUGUACUUUUAUUUUUUAUUUUUAUUACCUGGAUUGUGUGUUUAGUCCUUGGUUGCUCUAUGAUUCAAAUUGGAUUUCAGAUUUGAACCAUUACAGCGUUCGCUCUUGCACGUUUCUGUGUGGAACAUCUUCUUCGCGGUUAUAGAGUCUUCCUCCAAGUGUACUAAGUUUCGAGGCUAAUCUUAGUAUGCGGCCAGGCUCAGACGUAUGGCACUCUCCAUUUGCUGCAGGGCCCAUCUUUUGAGAGUCGAAUCACCAGCGAAGGCGUAAUUGUGGUCGCUGAAUUUGCACUUUCGUUUUGAUAAAAAUUUAUGUUGUUUUUGCAGCAUCUUGGCAAAAUGAAUACCAGGGUGAGAGAAGAUGAGAGAAACGAGAUGAUAAUUAGGAGGUUGCUUAAGAAAACCGAAAACAAACGAUGCAUUAAUUGCAACAGCCUGGUCAGCUUCGCAGGCCUUUCUGUCUUGAAUUGUAUUAUCUUUGGAGGACUUGCUCAGUAGUUCUCACCGUCAAUUCGAGGAAUAUUCCGUCUUCGUCUUUUCUCUGUCUGCAAUGUCAAGUGGGCUAAUUUUAUAGUACCUGCUUUGUAGGAAUCAUUUUUUGUGGCUUAGAGUCAUCUGAUGUAGGAGUUUUUAUAAUUCUACUUUUUAUGUUGUAAAGUCUUGUUAUUGUCUAAUCACUCCGGCCCAAGUUACAAAAUUGCGUUGGUCUCUUGAGAGGGCCCUCAAUACGUAUGUACAAAUUUUUCCAUUUUCGUGUGCACUUACUGCAGCGGAGCGCAGCGAGUGCUCUGGCUUUUUUUAUGCCUUUUUUCAGCAUAUAAAGAUUUUUAUAGUUGUACAACAGUCUUGUUGUAGUUCUCUUGCUCCCUACGCUUCUAUGGAAUUCUGCUGAUAUUUUUUGGUUGUGCAUGUUCAGUAGGCGAUGCUGCAAGCCUCUGUUAUGUUGGUUCUUGUUUUUCACUUUCGCAUUUGUCUUUAAUAUUUUUUAUCAGCAUCUCUAAUUAUGAUCUAACAAUGACAAGAUUUAUGUUAGGUUUGUUAGUUCUGCUUGAUAUUCGCGGAAAAGGUCUAUAAAUCGACCCAUAGUUGCUACGUUACGCGUUUUGGCGACUUCAUGCGUUACGUUGUGGUUGCUAUUUGCUGAAUGUUUACUUGAUGUUAUUGGCUUAUGCAGUCGGGAGUUCUCUCAUCGAAUCAAGUCAAUUUCUAUGGCGAAGUUCACUCCUACAGAAGUUGCUAAUUUGCAGACUGGAGGAAAUGCGGUACAGUGCUCACAUUUGUGCGAGCUGUUCGUGUUAAAUUUCCUUCAGUUUCUGCAGAAUAUAGCACUGUGUUCUCUUCUUGUGAUGAGUGAACUCGAAAUUGGUUUCAAUAAGAUGUACUGGAUUCAUGUAAGAUUGUUUCCAGGAUGUUUCCACAGUUGCUCUUUCAUUUAGAUAGCUUUUGGAUACUGAAACUCAUUCACAUAUUUACCUUCCAGCGAGCUCGAGAAUUUUAUUUCAAGGAGUUGGGUCUUGUGCGUAACCCACUUCCUGAUAGUAGUGAUCCUAUUAAACUGCGAAACUUUAUCAACCAUGUGUAUGUCGAAAGACGUUACACUGGAGAUCGACAAGCUCCUACAAAAGGUCAUGAAGGUGCUGGAAAUGAACAUGAAUCUCGGCGCCUUGAAGUGCGAAAACCUGACCUUCGCAGUCUCUCAAGAGAAGAUCAAAAUAAUGACAGGCGUAACAAUGACUCGGCACGUAAGUCUGAUGUUGAGGGUUGUUACAGUGAAAAACGCAGUCCUAGUGGAUUUGAACCAGAUAGGCCACCUCGUAAGAGCUACAAUGAUCGUGAAAGGCGGCGUGAUGAGAAAACAAAUCCUGAAGCUAGUCGUGCUAGAGAAAAGCUGCCUGUUAGGCCCUUCAUCUCCCGAAACCCAGAAGAUGAUGGUCCACCCAUUCGAUCUGUUAAGGAGAUCCUUGGAAAUGAUGUCCCUACUUUACGUGUUGAUGCGAUCGGCAAUCAACUCUCGGGAACAACACUCGCUUCGGUUGGAUUACCAAAUCAUGCACGAUCACAGAGCCUGAAUCAUUCGGGUAAUGGUGAAGCUGCAGCUUCAGAUCCUGUUGUCAAGCGAGUCAGUUCCGAGAGUAUGAUUAGUUUGAUAGAUUUAACUGCAGAUCCCGAGCCUUUUGUGACGUCUACGCCUGCAUCCGACCCUUUUGCACCAACUCCCGCGACGAGGCCAGUUGUAGAUACAUUCGCCCCAAUUACUGAUCCUGCUUCUACGAAUGUGUCCCUUGUAGACAUAUUUGGGUCAGAUCCUUUUGCAGUUGCUGCGACUGCUAAACCUGUGGCUGAUCCGUUUGCCCCUUUUACAAUUUUGAAGCAGACUGCGGAUCCUUUUGGAUUUGGAAAUCCAAGUGCUAGUGCUGCGACAUCUAGCUGGGCCACAUUCGAUUUUACUGGUAAUCCGGCUCCUCCAGAAGAGUGUCCUGGUGCUUUUUCAGCAAGCACCGCAACUAAUAAGAUGACAGCGCAGUUUUCUGGUUCUGAUGGUUGGAAUAAUAGUGCCAAUUCAGUGGGAAAUGUUUGGUCAGCAUUUGGUUCGCAGACUGCAGUUGUCCCCGCAACACUUAAAGCCACAGCUCCCGUUCCAGUUGCAACAUCAUCAAGCCAGUUUAGAUCAAUUUAACAUGUUCUCAACAAUUGAAGGCCAGCCUACCGUCGCAGAGGCGGCGAUGCAAAUGAGUUUUUCAAUUGAAUCAAAUCCUGGCAACGAGUUGCAAACGUCAUCUGCUAAUGGAAGGCCACGUCGUGAAUUACCAC